AUGCCGCCUGUGCGGGGCUCCUUCCUGCUCUGCCUGGCCGUCCUGCCUUCCCUCUGCGCGCCGAUGGAGACGGAUAUCGUCACCCCCAUCCGCCUGGACCCGUACCUCAACGGGCGCCAGUACUUCCAGCGGGGCGCGGAGGACCCCCCGCGGCAAGGCGCGAUCUUCCAGAUCACCGCCUUCCACGAGGAUUUCUACUUGAACCUGGCGCCGGACUCGCAGUUCCUGGCGCCCUCCUUCGCCACGCAGUACCUGGGCGCCGGCACGGCCGCCCGAGGCGAAGCGCGCGACCUGCGCCACUGCUUCUACUCCGGGGACGUCAACUCGGAUCGCGACUCCUUCGCCGCCGUGAGCGUGUGCGGAGGGCUGACGGGGGCCUUCGGCUACCGGGGGGCCGAGUACCUCAUCAGCCCGUUCCGGAAUGACAGCGGCAACCGGGCGCUGUGGAGCAACCAGGGCGAGCACCUGCUGCAGCGCCGCAGCGCCCCGGGCCACCCCGCCUUCGCCACCUCGCGGUGCGGCGUGGGCUCCGGCUUGAACCCGGCCAUCGUGCAAGCCCUGGAGAAGUACAAGUUCUCGCAGGCCGGCGGCUGGGCGGCUGGGCGAGCCAACGAGACAGCCCGGCGGCUCCUGCUGGCCAGGAAAAGCGGCCGCUCCAAGCGCUUCGUCUCCAUCCCCCGCUACGUGGAGACGCUGGUGGUGGCCGACGAGUCCAUGGCCAAGUUCCACGGCGACGACCUGCAGCACUACCUGCUCACCCUGAUGGCCACAGCGGCCCGCCUCUACCGACACGCCAGCAUCCAGAACCCCAUCAACCUCGCCGUGGUCAAAUUUAUGGUCAUCAGGCAGGACGACAAAGGGCCCAAGGUCACGGGCAAUGCCGCGCUCACCCUGCGGAACUUCUGCGUCUGGCAGAAGAAGUGGAACAAGGGCAACGACAAGCACCCCGAAUACUGGGACACGGCGAUCCUCUUCACGAAGCAGGAUUUGUGCGGUGCUACCACCUGCGACACCUUGGGAAUGGCAGAUGUUGGCACCAUGUGUGACCCCAAACGCAGCUGCUCAGUCAUUGAGGAUGAUGGGCUUCCUUCUGCUUUCACCACGGCGCAUGAGUUAGGGCACGUGUUCAACAUGCCGCAUGACAAUGUGAAGGUCUGUGAGGAGGUCUUUGGUAGGCUGAGAACCAACCACAUGAUGUCACCGACACUCAUCCAGAUUGACCGCACCAACCCUUGGUCGGCUUGCAGUGCUGCCAUCAUCACGGACUUCCUGGACAGCGGACAUGGUGACUGCCUCUUGGACCAACCCACCAAGCCCAUACCCUUGUCUGAAGAGCUUCCUGGGACCAGCUACAACCUCAAUCAGCAAUGCGAAUUGGCCUUUGGCAUCGGCUCCAAGCCCUGUCCUUACAUGCAGUACUGUACCAAGCUGUGGUGCACAGGAAAGGCUCGUGGCCACAUCAUGUGCCAAACACGACACUUUCCAUGGGCUGACGGCACCAGUUGUGGAGAAGGGAAGUUCUGCUUGAAGGGUACCUGUGUUGAGAGGCAUAACAUCAGUAAGUACCGGGUGGAUGGCAGCUGGGGAAGGUGGGCGCCCUACGGCCAGUGUUCUCGGACCUGUGGAGGAGGUGUCCAGCUGGCAAAGCGCGAAUGCAGCAAUCCAUCUCCUGCCAACGAAGGGAAGUACUGUGAAGGUGUCCGGGUUAAAUACCGCUCCUGCAACCUGGACCCCUGCUCUGAUUCAGUCCCAGGGAAGAGCUUUAGAGAAGAGCAGUGUGAGGCUUUCAACGGCUACAAUCACAGCACAAACCGGCUCACCGCGACGGUCUCCUGGGUGCCUAAGUAUUCUGGGGUGUCUCCUCGCGACAAGUGUAAGCUCAUUUGUAGAGCCAAUGGAACGGGUUACUUUUACGUCUUGGCUCCCAAGGUGGUGGAUGGUACGCCGUGUUCUCCUGACUCCACUUCAUUGUGCGUUCAGGGAAAAUGUAUCAAGGCUGGGUGUGAUGGGAAGCUUGGAUCCAAAAAGAAGUUUGACAAGUGUGGAGUGUGUGGAGGAGACAACAAGAGCUGCAAGAAGGUCUCCGGAUUGUUCACCAAACCCAUGCAUGGCUACAACUUUGUGGUGCUCAUCCCUGUGGGAGCGUCCAGCAUCGACAUCCGGCAGCGGGGCUACAAGGGCCUGAUCAGCGAUGACAACUACCUGGCUGUGAAAAAUUCCCACGGCAAGUACCUCCUCAAUGGGCACUUCAUUGUCUCGGCGGUGGAAAGGGACCUGAUGGUGAAGGGCAGCGUCCUGCGCUACAGUGGAACAGGGCUGGCGGUGGAGAGUCUCCAGGCGUUUAUGCCCAUCCAGGAGCCCUUGACAGUGGAGGUCUUGUCCGUGGGCAAGAUGACUCCUCCCCGGGUGCGCUACUCCUUCUACCUGCCCAAGGAGAGCAAGGAGGACAAGUCCUCGUACCGCAAGGACGGGAAGCGCCCUCCAGUCCUCACCAACAGCAUCCUGAGCCUCUCCAAUCGCUUGGAUACAGGCAGGCCGGAUUACAAACGCCCCUCGUACAAAUGGGCCACCACCAGCUGGGAGGAUUGUUCUGUCACAUGUGGCAACGGGCUGCAGAAGCGCAUGGUGCUUUGCCGCGAUGCCCUCGGCCAGCUGGCUUCUGCUUGCGACGCCACCCAGCGGCCCAUCGAUAUCCGGAUAUGUGGGGAUCCGUGCCCCACGUGGGAGGCCUCUCCCUGGUCUUCGUGCUCCAAAACCUGUGGCAGGGGCUUUAAGAGGCGCAUGCUGAAAUGCACGGGGCGGGGCGGGGUCCUCCUGGCCCGCGACCGGUGUAACCUCAGGAAGAAGCCGCAGGAGCUGGACUUUUGCACCCUGAGGCCGUGCUGACCGGGCUGGACCCGCUCCUGACCAAAGUCUAAUGUGCAGCAUUCGACUCUUGGGUGUCAAGCGGUCGAAAAUGUACAAAGGGAGAGGGAGUCGACUGAGAGGAGGGGGGGUCUGUUACAUAGUGCAUUUCAACAAACAAUCAAAAAGAGAGUGCCAGUGAGAAGGGCCUGAGCAGGGGCUUUGUUUUGGUUUGAGGAUCCAGUUGCUCAGUGGUCAAGCAAGAAUAAACAACUACCUCGAAGCUGCCAAACCAUCCGCCGCAUCCUCUGGCACAGCUCUAGUGGCGCGUUCUGUGGGCAUGCAAGGCAAGAUCAAUAUCGAGAGAAAUUGUCAUCCAAGGUGGACCAAAAGACCGUGGUGGCCAUCCCUUAGUUGAAUGCCCCAACCUGUUCCAAAAUCAGGAGGGAAGCAUCUCCUGCUGGGGUCCCAUCUCCACCUCCCCAAGCAUCCUAGCCUUAUAACGGACCAUAAGGAAUGAUUGCUGCACCCACAACAAAAUGCGAGGUUUAAUGACCACUACAAUGUGGCACCUCCAAGGCUUGGCAGGACAUCGUACCACAUCCCUGAUGCACUGUGGAUAUCUAAGCACCCUCUUCCCCCCUCACCACCUCUUCUGGCUUUUGUGCUUCUGUGCAGAGCUGAAAAGUAAUCCCUCUAUUUCUGUCAAUGUUUCUGAACUGAACGGUGUGCAUUUUAAUGGUGCUUGACCACCCUGUUUUCUCUUGAGUCCUCCUAGGUUGAAGCAAACCUAGUUUUGACUGCCUAUUUCCCUUGGGUCCUUCCAUGAGACUGUGUCCUAGAGGUGGGGUGGAAAUCCAUCUGGUCUUCCUGCCCCCCACCACACAUCUGCGCCUCCAUGCACACAUUCUCACACACCCAGAAUUUAAGGAACUCAGGCAUCUUUUGUCCUUUUCACCCUCCCGCCCUCUCUAAAAACUUCUUUAACACCAUGUCUUCCAGAUCCACUAUUUUAUUUGACUAUGCCCAGAGAACCCUGCCAGUCUGUGCAAAAUACCCGUACACCUGAUAUUCCCUUCAUCUGCAGAUGUCUGGCUAUUUUGGUUCUUUGCCAGGCCAGCUUUGUACUGUGUAUGACAAAUUGUGAAGGUCAGUUUGCUGUUCCCACAAUGACCCUUUUGGUGCUACUUGAACAAUUUGGUGCAUGUGUGAAAGAGAGAGACCAUACUGUUAGUUGGCCAGUUGAUUUGGCUCUCUAAUUCAUAGAACCAACUCAGCUUCUAUACUCAGCAGGAUAUAGAGAAGGUUGCCCACUAAACUUUGGUGUUCUCUUCUGGGUGCUUAUUUGUGUGAUAUUGCACCUUAAUGUUUUCUACUGUAACUAUCUGUGCUAGAAUACAGUGGUUGAUCCCUUGCAAAAAGACACGGAGGGGCAGUUUUGUGCUGCAGCCAGGAGGGGAAAAAAACUAGGAGCUGUGCUUUGCAAAGAGCAAACUAUUUCCUGACUCAUAAAGGGAGAUGGAAAGAAAGGCAUUGUUUUCCCACAUAAGCAGAAGAGAAGAUUCACAGGUGAGAUAGGUGAGGUCACCAUCAGAGUGCAUCCUGAGGCAGGCCUGUGUCAGCUGUGACCUGUGUAGCCAAAGACUGCCCUCCAUUCAGACUGGAAUGCAGGGUGCAUCCUGCUUUUCUGGUCUGAUGAGUGUUAGGUGCCGCUUCAGCCUCCAUUCACCCUGCGUGCUUGUAGGAUGUGGUUCAUGAGGGAAACAUCAGGUUUGUCCUAGGGCAGCUGUCCCCCAGUAGGCACCUUCCAGAUGUGCUGGGUGGCAACUCCUACCAUUAUUUGCCAUCCUGGCCAAAGGCCACCACAAGAGCCAUGUGGGCUGGGGGUUACGUGGCUUGCGAUCCAACACAUCUGAACAGCACCUCACUUAGGAGACUGUCCUGGAGCCUCCAUGCCUUUUAGCUCAGCUUAACCCUGCACAUCGAUCUGUAAAUCAUGGGUGGGUCACCAUCAUGACCACCAUCCUCCUCCCAAAGGGGGUUCUGUUAUUUAUCCAGGAAGAAAUACUGUCAAUGGCUUUGUUGUUUCUCUGCCACAUGUAGCAAAUAGGGGGACUAUUUGUCCCUGCACCAAAUGGUGCUCAUUCUGUGAGUAUUUGCAGGGAGAGGUCAUUGUUGACUGAAAGUAGUAGCGUCCCCCUCCCUCCUUAAAGUUUGUUUACAAGGUUUUAAGUGUGUAUCAUAUAUGAGAGAUGUUAUGAAUUAAAAUAACUGGGCCUGAUAGUCUGCUUGUCCACAAUUCUAGAAGAUCAAAGUGGCUCCAAUGAAAUUAGUAUGUUUGUGGCAUAUUGAAAAUGGGAGAAUUUAGGGUUGUUGCUAGGCAGGGAAAACUGUGAAGGUGGCAACUUGAAUUUGAAACAUCAUUGGAUCUACAAAAGGGAACAUUACUGCUGGAAGGGUUAGAACUUUCUCAGUGAAUGUUCUUCUCUAAUGCCAUUGAAUUGUCCAGAUCGCACAUGUCUAGACCUCUGUGCAGAAUUCUAGUCCCUGAGGUUAAAAGGGAUCUGAAAAUAAUGUGCCUAGACCACUCAGUCUGGGAUUACUCACACCCUGUAGAUAAUUAUUGAUGUUUCCUUAUUCCUACUGGAAAUAUCACACCAAAUAAAUCCAAGAAGCAUACAUUCUUUUUCUUUGAAACUUUUUCAUUUUCCUGGAUCAUGAUCAUCUUUUGACUAGGCCCACCCUUCUGAUUUUUAAAAACAGAUUAAUCAUCAGGCUUAGGCAGGGAUAUCUAACAGAACAAUCCUUUACCAAACUAUAUUUCCCAGGAUUCUUUGCAAGAUGCCAUGGCAGUGAAACUGGAAUGAAACUAUUUAAGUGUAUAGUGUGAUAUGUUCUUGAGAUGUUGGGAAAUCCACUCAACUCCCUGGGCCAGUUCUUCUCAUCAUCAGUCCAGAUGUUCAUGUACAACUGCAUCACAGCACAACAGGAAGUAUGUGUGAGGAAGCAAAUCUGGAGAUAAAGAGCAAAUUCCAGAAAACAAUCUUUCCUCCUUGGCACUUAGACAACUCUAUGGAGAAACCUGCCCAUCCGUGUUCAGUGGAAAGUCAGCCAUGUAGCUAAAUAGGCAAGGUGCAUUGUGUUAUUGGUGUAGGAAUAGUCCCAUGGCAUCGCAGGUCGAGUUCUUAGUUGGGCAUGGCCACCAUGACAUGGUUUUCAUUGGUCCAUCAAUAUUGGGAGGAGUUAUGCAAAUACAGGUUGGUUAGGGAGAGGAAUCUGUCAAUAGCUGCUAGUCAGGAUGGUUACAUGCAGCUGCACUUAAUACUUCUAGCUGGACAGCCAGCACGGGGAAAGGUUAUUAUGUUGCUUGUGGGUUUCUAGUUGGCCCCUAUGGGAAGCUAGAUGUUGGACUAACUGCAGGUUGAAGGUCAAAGGAUGCCCAGAAGUCCAUGGCUUCCAUUUCCCAGAGCCAUAAACUGGCAACUAAAUCAAUUUAAGAUCAAGGGGUACGUCAGGAAGAAUACAUUGAAGAGGCUGCCUGAGAGCAUUUGCCCUGCAGCACUUGAGGAGAUGCAGAGAACUGGCCAGGGAAGCUGGACAGCAGAGUGAAAUUACAGGCAUCAAGCCAGUUGCAAAAUCUGUGAUGCUGCAGGCAAGAACCAUUUCCAAGGUUAUUCUGAGAGUAUAUCUCUACCCUACACAUAUAUAUCAAUUGUAUAUGUGUUUAUAUCAUGUCCAUCCUCCUAAAAAUCCUGGGAAAUGUAGUCGGGUAAGGGUGUUGUGAAUUAUCAGGUUCCUUUUCCUUCCUCGACCUUUCCCCAUACUACAAUUCCCAGGUUUCCUUAGGAAAAGGGAACAGCUGUUCAGCUAAUUUACGCUUGCAGUUUAAAUAUGCCCUCCGAAUGCAACAGAACUCUCUUGGCUAGGCCAGAUGUUUUGCAAAUUGUGCAUAGUUUUUUUUCCCCUUGGAAUCGAGUCCUGAAUCAUCAAUAUGUUCCCCAUUCAUCAUACACUCCAAGUCAUUAAGCAACUGUUGCAGUUCAACUGCAACCUGACUUACUUUUAGUUCUACAUUGACCAAAUUCAGGGCAAAACAUUACAAUACCUUAUAAGUUCUCCAUUGAAGAGGAAGAGGAAUGAUAUAUGUGCGGUAGGAAGAGAAGAACAAUGGAACAAUGGCUUGAAGUUUGAUGUGAGGAUCUCGCCAAUCCAAACCGGCUUUAUUUGUAUCAAGAUAAAUUAAUCAGACAUCCCAGUUGGCAACCAGGCCUUGCUGGCUAAAGGUAUUGGCCCAACUCUAGAUGCUUUAGAGAAAGUGUGGGCAAUCUUUAAGCAGUAGAAGCCUGAUGUGAAAGACACUUAAGGUAUGAUUGCAUAUGUAUUUAGACAGGAAAAUUCCACAACUCCUAGCCUUUCCCAGCCAGCACAGCUUUAGAAUUAAAGAUUGCUGAGCCCCAUGUUGAGUCCUAAAAUGAGCUCAACUCCCUUCUAAAGAAAAGUCCAUUUUCUGGAUUGGUUACACCAAAUUUUCUUCAUUUCAGCAGUUGUGGUUGCUAUUGCUAAACAAUUUGGAGUUAGAAAUCUUCGAUCAACUGCAAAUCACUCAGAGAUCUACUAGCAGAUCCUGCUUUGCUUUCUGCCCCCCUCUACCCUUGGGUCUUUCUCUACCUCUAUUGAGUUUACACCACCAAGCUUGAUAUGUGUGGUGGGGUGAGCUAACACACUUUACAGAUUACUUGUGAGGAAGGGUUGUGAUUUCAUUCCAAAGAAUCCUGGGAAUUGGAGUUUGAAGAACCUCAGUCAAAGGGCCUAGCCUAGGAGAACCACGGUUCCCUGGGGAAAAGGAAUUACCUGUUUUAAGUCUGUAGUGGUGAUAUAUCUGGUGUCUACAGGCUGUACAGAUCACUCUCAAGAGGGCUUCCUUCCUUCUGUGGAAAUGUAUAUGGAUUGGUGGGUUUCCAUUCUCUUCUCCAUCUUAUCCAGGAAUGCAUUGAUUGGCUACUGAUUUUCUCAGAAGCUUGCCUUAUACAUUUGAGGAUCAGAACUGUUGAUUUCCUGAAUAGCUAUAUGACACUGGCAUCCUUUUCUGUUGUGGUGCAUUGGGGAAUGAGGGGCUUCUAUUUUUAAAUUUUUUAAAUGUGGUUCUUUUGCAAGAUAUACAGCAAAAGGAUGGAAAUGCCUAUUGUACUGGCUGCUUUGUGUAUACCAUGUAUACUAUACGUUGGUCUCUGCUGUUUGUGUGUUAAUGGCAAACCUGAAAUAAAAUGGUUAAAUAUUUAAA